AUGCCCAAUCGAGUUUCCAGUAAUUUUGCGGAUGCUUUGGAAGUGCUUUCCUUGAACGACAACCAGCUGGAGUGUGUGCCCCAGUCUGUGUGUGGCCUGAGAAACCUCAUGGAGCUCUACCUCUCCAAUAAUCCAGGUAUUCGGGAGCUUCCAGCUGAGUUGGGGCAGCUCUCUAACCUGUGGCAGUUGGACAUUGAGGACCUCAACAUCACUAAAAAUGUUCCCCAGGACAUCAGGAAAGAAGGUCCAGCAUCAGUGCUGUCCUUCCUCCGAGCCCACCUACGGAAGGCGGAGCCCUGUAAGCUGCUGAAGCUUCUUGUGAUUGGUCCUCCUCGGCAGGGAAAGACAGCCCUCCUGGAGGCAUUGCAGACGGGCAGGACCUCCCCUUUCUCCCCUGCUGAACGAAACAUCAGCACAGCUACUUGGGAACUAGAAAGACCCAAUGGGGUUAAAGCUAGCGCGGACUCCGUGGCGUUCAACGUGUGGGACAUCGGCGGUCCGGCCAACAUGUCCACGGUCAACCAGUGUUUCUUCACGGACAAGGCCCUGUACGUAGUCAUAUGGAACCUAGCUCUGGGAGAGGAGGCUGUAGCCAGUCUACAGUCCUGGCUGCUUAACAUUGAGGCGCGUGCCCCUAACUCUGCAGUGGUGGUGGUGGGCACCCACCUGGACCUGAUCGACACCAAGUUCCGUACAGAGCGGGUGGCCACUCUGAGGGCCUACAUCCUGGCACUAUGCAGGUCUCCAUCAGGCGCCAGGGCCAGUGGCUACCCAGACAUCACCUGGAAACACCUGCAUGAGGUAUCGUGUAAGACCCAGGAGGGUCUGGAUGGUCUGAAGAGGUUGAUCUUCCAGGUGGCCUGCUACAUGAAGGACAACAGCAGCAGUUCAGCUAGCGGACACAAGCUACUGGGCAGACUGAUCCCAAAGAGCUACCUUACACUGCAGCAAGCGGUGCUAGAUGAGAGGGGUCGGCGGGACACAGAAGACGAGGUCCAGUACCUGACAGACGCACAGCUGGACCUCGUCAUAGAGCAGAACCCAGGAAGUGACAUCAAAGACUACGAGGACCUGCAGACCGCCAUCAGCUUCCUGAUCGAGACAGGCACCAUCCUCCACUUCCCAGACACCAGUCACGGCCUGUGUACCCUCUACUUCCUCUGUCCCGUGUGGCUGUCGGACUGUCUGGAGCGGAUCAUCCACCUGAAGAGCUCCCGAUCGGUGGCCUGGAAUGGGGUGAUCCGAGCGGAGGAUCUACGCAUGCUCCUGGUGGGAACGGGCUUCACCCAGCAGACGGAGGAGCAGUACUUCCAGUUUCUGGCCAAGUUUGAGAUUGCUCUGCCUGUGGCCAGCGAUAGUUACCUCCUCCCCCACCUCCUUCCUCCUAAACCUGCUAUGGACAUCCACGGCUUCCGUCAAGAGACGGCCAACUCCAUCCAGCGCCUCUUCAAGAUGAGCUUCGUGCCAGCGGGAUUCUGGGAACGCUUCAUCGCCCGCAUGCUCAUCAGCCUCAACGAGAUGGACCUCCAGCCUAAGAGGAAUGCUAAGAGUGAGCGGAGGAGGACCACGGUGAUCUACAGUUUUGCGGGAACAGGUAGCCAACAGAGGCACCGCUGUAGCACCUUCAGAGUCCGCCGCAGUCAGACCAUCUACUGGAGAGAGGGACUACUGGUCACCUUUGAUGGAGGGUAUUUAAGUGUGGAAUCGACUGAUGUCAACUGGAAGAGGAAGAAAAGCGGGGGCAUCAAGAUCAUUUGCCAAUCAGAGACCAGGGAUUUUUCAGCCAUGGCCUUCAUUACGGACCAUGUCAAUUCCCUCAUCGAACAGUGGUUCCCUGCCUUGACGGCCAGUGAGAGUGAUGGGACCCGAUUGAUUGAGCAGUACGCCCCCUGUCCCCAGUGUUCCUCCAUGAGCAGACAGAACCAGGGGCCUGGGGAUCUGGGGGAACCCCCAACCAGGGUGACUGCAGCUGGGAGAAGAGGAGGAGAAGGCAGAGAAAAUGGGGGAGGAAGAGGAGGGCACUUCUUCAACAUGGAGGACUGUGUGAUCGCUGCCAUGGGCCAGGAGUACAUAGUGUGUCCCCAGCACACCAACCAGCCUGUGCCCCUUCAGGAGCUGGUCCCAGAGCUUUUCAUGACCGACUUCCCCUCACGGUUGUUCCUAGAGAAGGCCCAGUUGGAGUGUAGUGAGGAGGAGAGUGAUAUCCUGGGCCAGGGGGGCAGUGGAACUAUCAUCUAUAGAGCCUGUUACCGUGGCCAACCAGUCGCCAUCAAACGCUUUCACUUCAAGAAGUGCAGGCAGCAGACCAUCAGCAGUGGUACAGACACCAUGAUGAAGCAUUUUCAGUCCAUGGACGCGUGCCGGAGCUUCUCAGAGUUCCGCCAGGAGACCAGCAUGCUCCACUCCCUACAGCACCCGUGCAUCGUGCUGCUGGUGGGAAUCAGUAUUCACCCGCUCUGCUUCGCCCUGCAGCUGGCUCCCCUGGGCAGCCUCAACAUUGUGCUGGAGGACAGACAUAAAGGCUCCAGGUACAUGCCUCUGGGUCACAUGCUCACCUUCAAGGCAGCCUAUCAGAUUGCAGCAGGGCUGGCCUACCUGCACAGGAAGAACAUCAUCUUCUGUGACCUCAAGUCAGACAACAUCCUGGUGUGGUCCCUGGAGGUGUGUGACCCGGUGAAUAUCAAGCUGUCAGACUACGGCAUCUCGCGCCAGUCCUUCCACGAGGGGGCACUGGGUGUGGAGGGCACGCCGGGCUACCAGGCCCCUGAGAUACGCCCAGGCAUCGUUUAUGAUGAGAAGGUGGAUAUGUUCUCGUAUGGGAUGGUUGUGUAUGAGUUGCUGUCAGGUUGUAGGCCUGCGUUGGGCCAGCACCAGCUCCAGAUAGCUAAGAAGCUGUCUAAAGGGAUCCGUCCCACCCUGGGAAACCCAGAGGAAGUCCAGUUCCACUGUCUGCAUGGCCUGAUGAUCGAGUGCUGGGACACUAAGCCUGAGAAGAGGCCCCUGGCCAUGCAGUGUGUGAGGCAGAUGCAGGAGCCCAGUUUCCCAUGUCUGAAGUACCUGCUGGCCUGUGACACACACUCCCAGCUCUUCCUGUCCCACUUGCAGGGACACAGCGCUGUGUUCUGGGACGGGGACAAGGACGACAGGAACUACAGUGUGGUG